AUGCUUAUCUAUCUGCUGAAGCUUGGAGUUGAAGUGAAUGCAUUGAAUCGAAAUGGCUACACAGCACUUGAUGUAGUGAAGGCAGACGCAAGCAACUCCGGAGCCAAAACGUUUAGAAAUGAGCUGGAAUGUGGUGAUGAAGUUGAUGUUUCAGUGGUUAUUGGGAAUGGGUUUGAGGUGAUGGAAUGCGGUAUUAACUUUAUAUAUCAAGAACUUGGAGAGGAUAUUCAAAAUAGUUACCUGUCCUGGAAAGAAGUCAUUGGUGGUGAUCUACGAGCAUAUCGUUUAAGCACAGGAGAACACUUGCUCUGCCGUGCUACUUUCACACGCAACAAUGAAGCAGAACAAAUUUCUGAGCGAGCCAACUGGUCAACAACAAGCUGGGGAAAACAUUUGUUUGAGAAGGAUUCUGUAAAUUUCACUGAGAUUGAUGCGAUGACUUGGUUUGUACGGUACAAGGGCUAUAAAAGAGAGAAAUUGUUCUGAAGCUCACAAACAAGACCACAUUGUACAUUUAUAAAUUUUGAAGUUUAUAGGUAUAAAUAAAUUACUAGCUUUUGGCGGAAAAGCUCUAGACAAUAACAUACUUGAGCUCGGUUACCGCUGGUUUAGGGAGAAAUCAAAUAAAAUUCAUAAGGGCAUCCCAUUAGUGAAUCUUGGUGUAAUUUUUGAGAAAACAUGAUUAAUGUGGAGGAGACGGGAGAGAGGGAGAUGAGAGAUAAGCUUUUGGGUCUUUGCAGGAGGAGAUGUUUUUGGACUGAGCCGGUGGGACCUGCAUGGAGGAGAGAGAGAGCGCCUAUUCUUGCAUUCAGCGCAACAUGUAAAAGCUCCUAUUUUAAUUUCAUUUUUUUUGUCAGA